AUGUCGGGGGCACCGAGCGAGCUCCAGCUUCGGCUUUCACCGCUGCUCCUCGGCAUAGUCAGCUACGAGGAACGGGGAGCUGGAGUGACAAGUGGAAACUCUGAGAACGGUAUCGUCGGCCUGCUGGUAGAAAUGUUAUUUCUCGUCCUGGCGUGUAUGAUCUGGCAAACGAAUGGAGAAGCAUCUUGGAAAGCAGGGUUCACCUGUCCAGCGGAAGAGAAGCUUGCCACCUUCGAGGACGAGUACAGGCUGAUGACAAACCGCCUCCAGAAGGUUGACUGGAAUUUCGCUACAAACAUGACGUCGGAGACGAGGGCCCAACGCGACAAUUUCCAGCCACUUUAUAAUGUUUGGAUGUCGUCUUGGAAGAAGUGGGCCAAGGCUUUCGGAGGUUACGACGGAGUGUGUUCGGCGUCCUCCGUGGAACUCAUCAGCAUGAUGAAAGCUGGCGUGGUUGUGCAGGAUCCCGAAAAGGCAAAGAAGGUCUCCGAACUGCGCACAGCAAUGAUAUCCUAUUCCGCCAAAGAGAACUACAAUGAUUUGGAACGCUACAUGGCUGGAACAACCGAUCCCGAGCAGUUGAAGUCCAGGUGGCUUCAAUGGGCGAAGUGGCAGGAUGGUUCCCGGGUUUUCUUCGCCGCUUUAGUGUCCAUGUUGAAUGAAGCAGCCGUUAGUAACGGCUACCGCCACUACGCCGAGAGUUGGAACGAAGGCUUGGAUGUAGAGCAUGAGAGCGCCCGCCUCUGGGAACAAGUGCAGCCGCUGUACUUGGAGCUGCACGCUUACGUGCGAGGAGCCCUUUUACGACGCCACGGGAAGGAAAUUCAUCCAAACGAAACAAUUCCUGUGCAUCUCCUUGGAAAUCCUUUCGGCGAAAACUGGAGAAACUUGGCGGACUUGGCAGUGCCAGCCGACCUUCGCAGGAGCCCCGCUGAGCGGGCGAAGCCGGAGAGGAGCGGCUCGGCAUCCGACGGCAUGAGAAAGGCCGACGCCCACUACCAGGCGCUCGGUUUCCCACCGAUGCCGCCUCUGUUCUGGAAGAACUCCGUGUUUGAACGACCCGAUAACUUCACCGCCAUGGACUGCCAUCCGACGGCUUACGACUUUGGCGAUGGCAAGGACUUCCGGAUCAAGGCCUGCCUGGUUGGUUCGAAGGCAGACGAAGAGACCGCCUUCCACGAAAUGGGUCACGUACAGUAUUUCCUGGCCUACCGACACCAGCGGUCAUUGUUCAGAACGGCGCCGUUAGCGGCCCUCCACGAAGCCAUUGGGGAAGCCUUUGGCCACGCUGCCGCCGCCUGCAGCAGCGGAGGCGCCGGCUCGGCGCCCGGUGGGACACACACCGAUGAAACCGAGAUGCGUGUGAACGCGCAUCGCGACACUGUGGACAGGUUGCUGCGGGAGGCACUAUUCAAGCUCGUGCCUUUGCCCUGGAUUCUAUCCGUGGAAAAAUGGCGAUACGCUGUCUUUCAAGGCCGUAUCCCUGCUGAGAGCUUGGCCUCUUCACUCUGGGAUUACCGAGAAAAGUUUCAAGGUGUGAAACCACCCACACCGGAGGCGAGGGGAUACUUCGACGCUGGAGGAAAACACCACGUGUCCCACUUCAUACCUUACUUCAGGUACUUUUUUGCGCGCUUCCUUGACUACCAGUUGUUGAAGGCAAUGUGUUCAGAUCGACACCAAGAAACGUCCAUGGUAUUUUGUUGUGUCGACAGUGAAACUCCAGCCGUUCGUAAUUUAAGGCACAUGAUGUCAUUCGGGGCGUCGAUAGAAUGGCGUGAGGCCUUGCAGAUGGCAACCGGCACACCGGAAAUAUCGGCAGAACCUUUGCUGAACUACUACGAUCCGUUAUUUGUGUGGCUGAAGCGAGAGAACAUCAAGUUGAACAACUCGGUCGGAUGGUGAACAAGCUUCCCAACACGCAGGACGCCACGAGGAGCGACCGACGUUUCCAUGCGUAAUGUUCCACUGACGUGUACAAUAGCGACGCCUCAUCAAGUCUUAAAACCGACAACGGAGACAACGUGUCAAGCUCAUUACACAAUCCAUUAUAGGAAGAAGGGGAAGCAUGUUGACACCUUACUCAGCUGAAAGAGAAAACUAAAUUAUUUUCAAUCCUGCAACCUUGGUAUUCCUUUCAUUCCUGCAUUUCCUAUUAUAAAUGCAAAGGUACCGGUACAACUGGCAA